AUGGUCUCUGCGAAGAGUAACAGUGAAAGUUGGAGUGACCGCUUUACUUGCCAGUUGGGUCCUGCGCGCGUGCUAGCUCAGCAGCCGCCGGUUGCUUCAGAAGAUGAUAUUCCAACCAGUAGCGUCAGUGCAACUGUUUCUACAUCGACAUUAAAAUUUGUAACGGAAGCAUCAACUUCACAAGCAACAACAUUGCAAGCGUCAGUGCUGACAACAACUGCAAUCAGAACUACAAAUGAAUCCAUGACAAGCAACUCCACACUUUCUUCACCUAAUGCUACACAACAAAUAACACAAGGUACAACAACACAACCACUGAUAAAAGUGACCACUACAGCACCAGAUGAAAGUGACAGCACAACAAAGACUACACAAGCAAGUGGAACACUGUUGGCACAAAAUGAGAGUUUGGAUGCUUCAUCUACUAAGGGAUGGUCUUUUUCUUCUACAAUCUCUCUAUGGAAAACCACUUCUGCUCCUGGGACCUCAGGCCUUCGCAUGAGCUCCCCGACAGAAUCUACAACUUUUGGCAGUCCUGAAAGCAGUUCUGGAAACAAGAAAGUGCCAGAGAGCACUAUCCACUAUUCUAGCGUUAUCUUGCCAGUUGUCAUCACCUUGAUAGUCAUUACUCUUUCUGUCUUCUCACUGGUGGCUUUGCACAGAAUGUGCCAGAAGAAAACUCCAGAGAGACAAGAGAACGGCACUGAACAGGCCCAGUCAGAUAAAGAAGGAGUCAAACUUCUUUCUGUGAAGACAACUUCUCCUGAGACUGGAGAGCACUCAUCUCAGGGGAAGAAUAAAACUCGGCAACUCUUCACACCUCAGCAAUAA